AUGGGUACCAUUCGUCAAUCCGCAACACUCACAGUGGUCGUUUUGUUUGCCCUUGUGGCCGCCAUUUUCGCGACACCAGCAGCGGCUCACAACUUCUGCUUCUACGAGUGCUCCGUCUUCGCCAACGCGCCCUCAGACUGCCUUCGCACGUGGUACAUCUACAGCGAAACAGACUUCUGCGACUCCGAUCACAAAUUCGACAGCGUGUUGCGAGUCACAGACCUUGACGGGUUACCCUCUUUCGCUAACUCCUCAGCGUGCGAAGGAUUGAGCAGCGCGCAGGUGUACGGUCAGCUGGAGAACACCACGCAGCACGGAAAUGGAACACUGGAGGUGCUCGGCGAGAAGGACUAUAACGAGGCAGCGUACGACGAGUACGUGGGGGGAUGGGCGCGGGGCGAGAGCAGUCCAAGUGCAUCAAGUGGUCGCCCGCCGCCGAGACGUACGGCAGCUGGGGACGACGGCGCGGCGGCCGCGUGUACCUCAGCUGCUGGGAGCGCCUCUCGCAGGUUGGCGAAGCAGCGACCAAGAAACCAAGUGAACGGCGUCCCCAGCAGCCGCGUGGAGGUGUGGCACGCAGAUCAUGCUGGGCGCGCACGCGAGGGAGGGCGGGGUGGCGCUGGCAGGGGUGCGGUGGGCAUGCUGGGGAAGUCGGGCGCCACCUCCACGUGCUGCUCCCCCUGCCCUCCGCCAUGCCGUGGUGUGUGGUGGGCGCAUGGCAUGCAUGGGGGGGAUGAUGGGGGUAAGCACUCAUGGGUGCAGUCAUGGGUGCACUCAUGGGUGCACGUGGUGCGAGGAAAGGGUGGUUGGGAACAAGGGGAGGGUGGGAACGAGGGGGGGGGCGAGGAGUACCUGCAGGAGGGCGAGUACCUGCAGGAGGGCGAGUACCUGCAGGAGGGCGAGUACCUGCAGGAGGGGCGAGUGCCUGCAGGAGGGCGAGUGCCUGCAGGAGGGCGAGUGCCUGCAGGAGGGCGAGUGCCUGCAGGAGGGCGAGUGCCUGCAGGAGGGCGAGUACCUGCAGGAGGGCGAGUGCCUGCAGGAGGGCGAGGAGGGCGGCGAGCAGCGAGUUGA